CUGUUGCGUUUUUGCCUUUCGCCUUAAUUUACUUUGGCGCAUAAAUGAAAUAUUUACAUUCCGAAAUUGACGUCUUGAAAGCGCGGUCGCAAACUCACCGUUCGUCGUCCUUUGGCGGGUGUGUGUCUAUGUGUGUGUGUGCAGGAUUUAAUGCCUAAGACAAACAGUUAUUUCACCUCGAGCCGAUUGGAAGAACACAAAAAGUUCCAAAAAUAAUAAACACGCUUUGAAGUGAACACCCGAAAAGAAACACAGGAACCUUAGGAAAUUCAAUUCAAUUUCCCCGAAGAAAUUUCAUCUCAAUAUUAACUUAAGCUCAAGACAUCAAAAAAGGAUAUUAAUUGCUGUGCGUAAACACUCGGAGCCUGGAUCCUGGCAAAUAAAGCGUGCGGAAAAGCCUUGGCCAAUUUUCCCCCACCCAUUGAGUCCGCGUGGCAUGCAACCGUGUAGUCCAGCGGGAGAAGUCGCAAUGAUGCCGCCGUCGAAGAGUCCCGUGAUGGAGAGCGCCGCCUCCGACCAGAAUCCUGCCCAGCAGAGCCAGCAGCAGGACGAGCAGAGCGCCAAGCGGGCGUGUCCCCUGAAGUUUUCAAUAGCCAAGAUCAUGGAGCCGGACCACAGGCCCAGCCAAGUGCCACCGCCGCAGCCCGCUCCGGCUUCCUUCGCCACCAACGAUGACGACGAGGAUGAGGAUCCGGAGAUCGAUGCCGACUCGGAGCGAUCCUGCAGCCCCAUCGAGGUGAUCAGCCUGGAUCAGUCGCCAUCCACCGUCAACUAUGACUCCGCUUUCAAGAAGUAUGUGCCGGGUCCGUGUUCGGGCGCCACUUCAUCGGUAGCCUCGCCGCCUAGCACCGCUGCUGUGCAGCAGUUUGUGAGCUCCCGCCACCAGGAGCUGCUCUCGCAGUAUCCCCUGCUGUACUAUGCACCCAAUCAACUGAUGUGCGCCGCCGCUGCCGCCCAAUAUGCGGCGUUGACCGCCCAACAGCAAUCGCUGGCCAGCGCCGCCCACCUGAGCAGCUUCACCGCCUCCCUGAACGCCAGCUUGCAUCACUCGCAGUCGCUUAGAAGGAACCUGGGCCAUCCUCUGGCCGCGGCAGCUGCCGUGGCGGCUGUGGCCCAAUCCCAGGCCGUGCCCAAUCUGCAACAUACCUUGGAAAAGUCGCCAGUGGCGCAGAGAACAGCCCAGAGUUCGGGCUUGCAGGCCAACUUGAAGAGGAAACGAUCGCCGCAGGAUCAGGGCGAGGUGACGCCGCCACCAGCGUCUACUGCCACUUCCGCCACUGGAGCCAGAUCCCGCUCCCCGUCGCCUCAAGGAUCCAUCGAGGACAGCAGUCCCGGAUCGGCCAGUGGCGGCAAGCCCAAGACCUUCUCCUGCCUGGAAUGUGGCAAGGUGUUCAACGCCCACUACAAUCUCACCCGCCACAUGCCCGUCCACACUGGAGCCAGGCCGUUUGUGUGCAAGGUCUGCGGCAAGGGAUUCCGCCAGGCCUCGACUCUCUGCCGGCACAAGAUCAUCCACACGUCGGAGAAGCCGCACAAGUGCCAGACCUGCGGCAAGGCCUUCAACCGCUCCUCCACCCUCAACACCCACUCGCGCAUCCACGCCGGCUACAAGCCCUUCGUGUGCGAGUACUGCGGCAAGGGUUUCCACCAGAAGGGCAACUACAAGAACCACAAGCUGACCCACAGCGGCGAAAAGGCCUACAAGUGCAACAUCUGCAACAAGGCCUUCCACCAGGUCUACAACCUCACCUUCCACAUGCACACGCACAACGACAAGAAGCCCUACACCUGCCGCGUCUGCGCCAAGGGAUUCUGCCGGAACUUCGAUCUGAAGAAGCACAUGCGGAAGCUGCACGAGAUCGGCGGCGAUCUGGAUGACCUGGAUAUGCCACCCACCUACGACAGGCGGCGCGAAUACACGCGCAGGGAGCCACUUGCCUCCGGUUAUGGCCAGGCAUCGGGUCAACUCACGCCGGACUCCAGUUCCGGCAGCAUGUCGCCGCCCAUCAAUGUGACCACACCGCCACUUUCCAGCGGCGAGACGAGCAAUCCCGCCUGGCCCAGGUCCUCCGUUUCGCAGUACCCGGCCGGUAGCUUCCACCACCAGCUCGGAGUGGCUCCACCUCACGAUUAUCCCAGUGGCUCCGCCUUCCUGCAACUCCAGCCGCAGCAGCCACAUCCGCAAAGCCAGCAGCACCACCAGCAGCAGCAGAGACUCUCGGAGACCUUCAUAGCCAAGGUGUUUUGA